AUUAUAAACUAUAAAAUGGACAAAGUAAAAGAGAAAAAAACGUUAAUAAAAGGUGAUAAAAAAGGUGGAAAAUUAAAAGAAGAAAAAAAUCAAAAAGAUAAAAUAGAAGUGUUUUUAAAAGUGACACACCUUUACUGGCAAGAUAAAUGUUUAAAAUCAAUCAAAAACCUAAACAGUUUCAUAAAUUUAAGUGUUUUAUACCUACAUAACAAUAACAUCGAGAAAAUUGAAAAUUUAAAUGGUUUAAGAUAUUUGGUGGCGCUGUACCUUCAAAAAAAUAAGAUAAAAAAAUUGGAGAACCUUCAUAAUUUAACCCGCUUAGAACGCUUAUAUCUUGGACACAACGAAAUAAGAGUGAUUGAAAAUUUAGAAAAUUUAAUUUCGCUUACUGAAUUACAUAUUGAAAAACAAAAUUUACCUAAAGGUUCUUCUUUAUGUUUAGAUCCAAGAUCAAGAGUCUCUUUAAGCAACACCCUCGAAAUGUUGAACAUUUCCGACAACAAUAUACAGUCAAUCGAAAAUUUAGCAUCUUUAUAUUACUUAAAGAACCUAAUCGCAUCAAACAACAACAUAACCGACAUAAAAAAAAUAACAAAUUCUUUAAAACAUAUGGUAAAUUUACGCGAAGCUGAUUUUCUUGGAAAUCCAGUUGCGAAAGAACGGAAAUAUCGCGAUAAAAUUAUUGCGUGCACUUAUUUAAAAUGUUUGGAUGGAAAAGAAGUUAGCAAAAUCACGAGGUGUUUUAUUAAACGGUUAGAGGAGGAAAGAAAUUAUGCAAAUAAAUCGAAAGCGCAAUUAAUCGAUGAUGGUUUUGAAGAUAACGGGAAACGAUAUUCAUUGGGGAUGAAAAAAUCGGUUUGUAAUUUAAUGUUAAAACCGGUUAAAAGCGGCAUCAAUGUCACUGGUGAGGAUGAUGCGGAGUAUUUGGGAUGGAAAUCUUUACCGAAUAGUUUUAAAUUGAAAAAACCAUCUAAAAGUUGUUUAAAAAAAUAAAUUAUUAGUAAAUUUUUAAUAAA